UAAAUUUGCAUUUCUUUUUACUCUCAUUCUUCGUCUUUGCUAGUUUCACUUUCCGCCUCCUCCUCCCCCUUCUUCUUAUCUGUGUUUUUUCUCUCAAAAUUCCUCUGUUUCUUCCGCGAUCACACGCUUUUUCCUUCAAUUUCUGUUCGGCGGUUUCAGUUCCCGUUGAAUCCCCCUCAAAGACGAAGUCUUUGAUAGAUUCUGAUUCGGGAAAUGUCAUCUUCUGGUGCUGCUGGUGCUGGAUCAACCGAUUCCACAGCUGCAAGAAGAAACACCAAGCGGCCUAAGUAUUCAAAGUUUACACAGCAAGAACUUCCAGCGUGCAAGCCAAUUCUUACGCCACGAGCGGUUAUUUCGGCAUUCUUGCUUGUUAGUGUUGUAUUCGUCCCAGUUGGUGUUGCUUCAUUACUCGCUUCACGAAAGGUUGUUGAAAUUGUUUAUAGGUAUGAUUCAAAGUGCAUACCAAAGAAUGUUACGAACAAGGUAGCAUAUAUUCAAAGUUCUGCUGAUAAAGCAUGUAGCAUAACACUCAAUGUGACCAAGCAUAUGAAGUCACCUGUUUACAUUUACUAUCAGCUUGACAACUUCUACCAGAAUCAUCGCCGGUAUGUAAAAAGCCGAAGUGAUGAGCAGUUGAGGAAGCAUGGUGAAGAGAACGAAACAAGUACUUGUAAGCCUGAAGAUAUGGUCAAUGGAAGGGCAAUUGUACCUUGUGGUCUUAUAGCUUGGAGUCUAUUCAAUGACACAUACAGCUUCUCUGUCAACAAAAGGAAUUUGACGGUGAACAAGAAAGGCAUUUCUUGGAAGAGUGAUAGGAAUCACAAAUUUGGAAAAGAUGUUUUCCCUAAAAACUUCCAGAAUAGUUCUAUUAUAGGUGGUGCACAUCUGAAUGAAUCCAUACCAUUGAGAGAGCAGGAGGAUCUUAUUGUCUGGAUGCGAACUGCUGCACUACCAACUUUUAGGAAGUUGUACGGAAAAAUAGAGGAGGAUCUGAAAGAAGGUGAACUCGUAAAUGUAACAUUGAACAACAACUAUAACACAUACAGUUUCAAUGGCAAGAAGAAGCUUGUGUUGUCGACUACUACCUGGCUUGGUGGGAAGAAUGACUUCCUUGGAAUCGCCUACCUUACUGUUGGAGGAUUGUGCUUCUUUUUGGCUUUGGCUUUUACCAUUGUAUAUUUUGUUAAGCCAAGGCAACUUGGAGACCCUUCAUAUUUGUCAUGGAAUAGAAACCCAGGAGGGCAUUGAAUGAAGAAAUAAUUGUUCAUUUUUUUAUAUCUUCCAAGAUUGUGGCUUCGGCAAAUGUGGCAGGUGUAAUUUUUGUACAUCUAUGUUACUACAUGUAAAACAGGUAUUCGUAUCA